UGCAUUAUUGUAUAGAAGGGGGGCUCCUAGAAGAGAGGGAGAAAAUCUGAAUGAAAUAAGUGGUGUAGAAAUAAAACCACAAUAGCAUUCAGGAGAGCUUAGGAGGCAAAGUAUCAACAUGUGUUGGUCGCCUUUAUCUAAGAUCCCUCUGAAUCUAAACCAAAUCUGUGGAUUCGGGUUCCCCUCACUGCUCAUGGAUUUGGAAAUUAUAUGGUUCGAGUAAAAAUGCAUGUGCAGAGUUGAAUUUUCCAAGUUUUCACUGGCUUUUGGCUCUGCAAACAGACACUGUAAAAACUUUGGCAUGCUGUUGUUUGGCUCUUGCACACUAGUGAUCUGUUCACAUUGACCAUAAAAUAAUGACGAGAAGCCUAACCUGCAACUUAAGCUGUUGAAGUAACUUCUGGAAGGUUUUGUUUCCUUCUCUUUCCCCCACCCCUUAAGACAUUUUGUCUUAAGGGAUUUGUUUGCAAUCUGCUAGCUGAAGCUCUGAGGCAAGUUUGCUAGAUUUGGGGCUGCAUCAUCAUUCUAAACAUCUGGAAGUGGUUUAUGGGCUCUCAUUCCUCCAGUGCAGCGUCUGGAUCCUGUGCUAUUCCUCAGCAGCAGAGAGAGAGAACCAGCACAACUCCAAAGUAAACUUUGAAGAGUCUGGAAAAGGAAUUGAAUCUUAAAACUGUUACUGUGCCCUGUAAGGCCCUUGUGCGGGGGACUUCAAAGGAGGUUGAUGGUCAAGAAAGCUUUGGCAAGAGUGCUUACAUCUGUGGGCUGUUUAGGAUCCCAGUAAAUAGCUCUACAGCUCUUCAGGAGAGAGGAGUCCCGAAUACGGUGCUGCUUUGAAGAGGACUUGGCAACUGAGUUAGGGGCUGCCAGGUUCCAGGAACUAAUGUCUACAGUCAGGGAAAAAUGAAUCACAGUUCUCAUCCAACAGGACACAUGGCUCUUUUAAAGAAAAUUAACCAGAUCUUACUGUUACUUCUUGUCUUAACUGUAUGCGCCAUUCUGUAUAAUAAAGUUCACCAAGUGCCAUCUGCAUUAAAGAAUGAAACAGUUGAUUUGGAGAGUCCAGAGGAAAUGGAAGAAGAAAUCCCAGUUGUAAUCUGUGCUGCUGCGGGCAGAAUGGGGGCAGCUGUAGCAGCAAUCAGUAGCAUCUACAGCAACACAGAGGCCAAUGUUUUGUUCUACAUAGUUGGGCUGAAGACUACCAUCCCACAUAUUCGAAGAUGGAUUGAAAAUUCUAAACUGAAAGAAAUAAAAUUUAAGGUUGUGGAAUUCAACCCUAUGGUACUAAAAGGAAAAAUCAGACAAGAUGCAUCACGUCCAGAGCUACUGCAGCCUCUCAACUUUGUUCGAUUUUAUCUUCCUUUGCUUAUCCAGAAGCAUGAGAAAGUCAUAUAUUUGGAUGAUGAUAUCAUUGUUCAAGGUGACAUCCAGGAACUCUACGAUACUAAGCUGGCUCCUGGACAUGCUGCAGCUUUUUCAGAUGACUGUGAUCUGCCUUCCACACAUGAAAUGGUUAGAAGUGUAGGGAUGCAGAACACAUACAUGGGAUUCCUGGACUACAGAAAGCAAGCGAUUAGAGAUCUUGGCAUCAGUCCCAGCACCUGCUCCUUUAAUCCUGGAGUAAUUGUUGCUAACAUGACCGAAUGGAAACAUCAACGGAUUACAAAGCAAUUGGAGAAGUGGAUGCAAAGAAAUGUAGAGGAAAACCUUUACAGCAGCACCCUUGGGGGAGGUGUGGCAACCUCUCCAAUGCUGAUUGUGUUUCAUGGAAAGUAUUCCACUAUUAAUCCUAUGUGGCACAUAAGGCAUCUUGGGUGGAGCCCUGAUGCCCAUUACUCAGAGCAUUUUCUUCAAGAAGCGAAAUUACUUCAUUGGAAUGGGAGAUACAAACCUUGGGAUUAUCCCAGUGUUCACACUGAUCUCUGGGAAAACUGGUUUAUUCCUGACCCAUCAGGAAAGUUCAAAUUAAUUCGGCCUGAUAGCUGAUACGGAAACCACUGCACCGCACCCAGAGGCCAUGGUUUGCAGUACAUAAUAGUUUGAGAUGCAAGAUAUUGUGUAAUUCACUGAUUUUUUAGAAAGCUAAGGGUCUGUUAACUAGGUGAGUGACCAUCAGUUUUGUGUGCUUAUGGCUGGAAUGACAGACUUUCAUGUAAGGUGAGGAAACAAGUUUACUCCACAAUGAUGUAUUCUUAUUAAAUGUUUACAUAGGUGAAA